AUGGAGAAACGAGCCUCUAUUGCUUGUGGCGAUGGCUUUUACGACGACAGUCCAGAGUACCUCAAGAUUGAGGAGCAGCUAUGCACCUCACGUAUUUUGGCGAUUGAGGAAGAGCUUCAGGCUCGGUCCAAGCCUAUUCCUCCCAGUCCCUCGCCAUCGUCAUCCCUUCCCGGUCCUACGCCCUCACCAAGUGUGCCUCGUGCCGCUCCAGAGCCUAUAUCAACGCGCCAUCUAGCGACCGAUCCCAUACCCAUUGAUGAUGACGACGAAGAAGAUAUUAUCGCGGUAGAGGCGACUGCACCUCCGGUGGCCCACGUUCAAGCGAGUCAGCCAGCGCGACGCGAUUCACACCCAUGGGAUACCCAAGUACAACAUUCUCUCACACACAUUUUUCAUCUCUCCCAGUUCCGUCCUGACCAGAGGGAGGCUAUCGACGCAACAUUGGCAGGGCGCGAUGUAUUCUGCCUUAUGCCUACCGGUGGUGGCAAGAGUCUAUGCUACCAGCUGCCUGCUACCAUCACGAAAGGCAAGACCAACGGCUUGACGGUCGUCAUUUCUCCUUUGCUGGCCUUGAUUCAUAAUCAAGUGCAGAGUUUGUUAAAGAAGGACAUACCUACCAUUGCCAUCACAGGCGAUAUGUCGGAAGAAAACCGUCGGUAUGCGACGGCUGAGCUGUACAAGCGAGACUUGCAAGUGCGCUUGCUCUAUCUCACACCUGAAUUCAUCUGCAAUUCUCGUGUGGCAGCGAAUCUGUUUCAGCACUUGUACCGCCAAAAGCGACUUGCUCGAUUUGUCAUUGAUGAAGCGCACUGUGUCGACCAAUGGGGCCAUGAUUUCCGUCCUGACUAUGUGCGCCUCGACAUGCUGCGCAAAGAAUACCCUGACGUGCCUAUUAUGGCUCUCACUGCGACAGCGCGUAUCGAUACCGUGGAAGAUAUCCAGCGCCAUAUGGGCAUGCGUGAUGCGCUUGUUCUCCGCCAGUCGUUCAAUCGACCCAAUCUCACGUAUAGUGUCGAGCCCAAAAAGCGUGGGAGUACCUUGGAUCACAUCGCGAGUUUCAUCCAGCAAAAGCAUGCGAAUGAAUGUGGUAUCAUUUACUGUCUAUCGCGCCGAGACUGCGAGAAUGUGGCCUGCGAUCUUGAAUCGAAGUUUGGUAUUCGUGCGCGUCAUUUCCACGCCGGUCUUACCAAUCAGGACAAGAUUCGUAUUCAAGAGGGAUGGGAAGCUGGCCAGUUCAAAGUGAUUGUGGCUACGAUUGCGUUUGGCAUGGGCAUCGAUAAGGCGGAUGUACGAUUCGUCAUUCAUCAUUCUAUGCCCAAGAGUCUCGAAGGGUACUACCAGGAGACCGGACGCGCUGGGCGUGACGGUAAGCAGUCUGAGUGCAUCCUGUUCUGGUCGAUGGAGGAUGCUAGGAAGUUGGAGACCAUGAUUAAGGAGUCGCCUGACGCCUCCCCUGAGCAGAAACGGCUUCAGCUGACCAACAUGCAUCGUGUCAAAGCGUUUUGCCAGUCGUUGACGGAAUGCCGACGGACCAACAUUUUGAAGUAUUUCGGGGAGACUUUUGAUCCAGCCUUGUGCCAUGCGAGCUGUGAUAACUGCCGACGAACGCCGGCCCACUUUGUCGAUAUGACGGCGGCCGCGAAGGACUUUGUUCACAUGGUCCAGCUGAUUGCAAAGACACAGGCUCAGGCGCAUUUUACGAAGAUGCAUUUCAUGAGCGUAUUCCGAGGAAGUAUGCGCAAAGAAGUCAAGGAUCGUGGGCACCAUUUGAAUAUAUACCAUGCGCGCGGAUCGCAGUACUCGGACGAGGAGGUGAAGCGUUUGGUCGAUUACCUUCUUAGUGAGAAUAUUCUCUCCGAGUAUGCGAAAAAGGCGGCGUACCAGCGUUUCCCGAACCACUAUCUUCAAGUUGGCCCUGCCGCCACAGCCUUGGUGCAAGGAUCGCGCAAAGUGUGUAUCGAUAUGCCUACACCUGUGGCGACCCACCAAGCCCGCCGUGUUGUUGCGCGUUCGCCCUCGCCUACGGUGGAUGAGAUGGACUUGACAACGAUCUCUCUCAGUCCCCCUAACGGAAAGGCACAAGGCCGGUCCAGCCUUCCGUUGCGUGACCGUACGAAUACGGGCCCUACGCCGAGACCGACGACGAAACCUGUGUCGCGAUCCAUCCACAUUGCUGCCAUGCCCAUGCUAGGCAACACUCGUAAAAAGACGUAG